UGUCUGAUGACGUCACACCACAACACCCCGUCGCACAUGCAGGCUGUCGUCGGAUGGAUUUGAAGCGUUAGCUGGAAGUCAGACAUUCACUGUUUUUAUCAUCUUUUUCUCCCUGUAAUCAAGUUUUUUAAUAAAUACAUCUGAAGAAAUGCGAAGACGAAGAUUUAGAAACCUGAGGAAGGUGAGGUAAUCAACGGUUCCAGCUGGAGCUAUUCAAGCUUGUCUCUCAUUAGGCUCCUGUCUCAUCAUGGUGGACAUCGGUGUGAAGAGCGGAGCUGCUUGGCUCUGUCAGACUGAGGGACGUCAGCUGGCUGAUGUCCUGCUUCCUGUUCACAUCAGCAACACGGACGAUGAAGAAGAAGAAGAAGAAGAGCUCAGUCAGGCUGCAGGAGACGAGACAAACUGCAGCGGCCCAGUGCUGCUGCAGCAGACAGCAGAAGGCUCUCCUUGUGUCCUGACGCUGCGCUGCAGCUCCAGCUCCAUCAGCCGCCUGCUGCUCAUCACUGAGGCUCGCACCAUGGAGGUGUAUGAUGAGACUGGAGAGUACUGUGGGACGAUACGAGGGGAGAGAGACGACAGCAUCCAGCCAGACGGUUCAGACAGAGGGCCGUUCUACAAGAAACAGCUGAUCCUGGAGCGUCCAUCAUCAGCCUGUGAAGUCAAGCUGCUCUCUCUGGCCGGUAGAAACAGUGUCCUGGUGUGUCGGGUGGUCGUGGCCCUUAAAGCGCUGCGGCCCUGUGCAGCCCUCGGCCCCGGCAUCAACAUGCAGCAGGUCCAGUGUCUGGUGGAGGAGAUGGGGACCAGCCUCUCACCUGGAGCCCAGAACCUGAUGGAAAUGGUUCAAUACCAGCAGAAGAACCAGACGGGCUCUCUGGGGGGCUUCCUGCCUCUCCUGAUGGGUGGAGGAGUUUUCUCCGCUCUCACUCAAAGAACCAACGUACCAACCCCAGCAGCCGUCAGCAGCCAGCCUGGAGACUCCACGGCUCCAGGUGGAGGCGACUCCAUCAGGCCUGCAGGUGAAGCUCCUCCAGCUCAGAACGGAGCAGACGGAUCCACUCACCUUCCUGCUGCUGCUGGCAACACAACAAAUAGAACCAGCAGUGAGGGUGGAGGCCCAGUGAGCCACGCCCAGCUGGCCCAGAUGAUGGCACACUUCCUGAAGGGGCCCCAGGGGCCCCAUGAGGGGCCCCAGCAGGUGUUGGGCCCCGGCCCCGAGCUGCUGCCCAUGCUGCAGAGCCUCUGUGGUCAGGUGACCAAGCUGAGGCUGGACGAUGCUGCAGCGCUGGCGGAGAAGGAGAAGAUGAUGAAGAACGGUUCAUGGGAGCUGGACGCAGCCAUGGAGCGCCGUCUGGAGGAGAUGGAGCGCAGGCUGAAGGAGCACGUGGACCGCCGGCUGGACGCUCUGGAGCAGAAGCUGGAGGAGGCUCUGCUGAACGCCCUCCGCCAGGGAGCAGGGAGCAGCUCGGCAGGAGACGCAGCUCCUAGAGGAGCAGAGGAGCAGAAGGCCCCGACUCCUGCCACGCCCUGAGGAAACAUCUGCUAAAAGACUAACGCAGUAACAUGGAACCUGCAAGGCUUCCUGCAGGUCUCUGCUCCUUCACUAGACCUGAGUCACAGAGGAAGCAGAGCAGGCACUAAAAACAGGAACCUGGUCUCACAGGAAUCCGUGAAAUAGCCACGGAAUCACUCAAAUUUCCGUGAAACUGACACGGAUUUCGCUACAAUGCAAGUUAAUGACAGUCAUAUCCCGUGGCUAUUCCAU